AUGUUAAAGAUAAGUAAGCCACAUGCUGUGUUAACUCCAUUUCCACUUCAGGGCCAUAUCAAUGCAUUGUUGAAAGUAGCAAAACUACUUCACCUCAGAGGGUUUCACAUAACCUUUGUCAACACUGAAUACAAUCAAAAACGCUUGCUCAAAUCAAAGGGUCCUAAUGCCUUUGAUGGUUUCACUGACUUUACCUUUGAGACCAUUCCAGAUGGCUUAACUCCAAUAGAAGGUGAUGGUGAUGUUAGUCAAGACGUACACUCUCUUAGUGAAUCAAUCAUGAAGAACUUUCACCAUUUCUUUAGCGAACUUCUUGCUAAACUUCAUGAAUCUGCCAUUGCUGGUCUUAUCCCACCUGUUACUUGUUUCGUUUCUGAUUGUUACAUGCCAUUUACCGUAAAAUUUGCUAAAGAGCAUGCUCUCCCAAUUCUUCUCUAUUCUCCAUGUAGUGCAGGUUACUUCUUGUCUUCUUAUUACGUUUCAAAAUUGUUUCAGACUGGUGAACUACCACUCAAAGAUAAGAGUUAUCUAACAAAUGAAUAUUUGGACACUAAAGCUGAUUGGAUUCCAGGUUUGAAAAACUUUAGAUUGAAGGAUCUUACUACUUUGAUAAGGAUAACUGAUCCGAAUGAUUUGUCCAUAAAAUUUGCCACUGAAGUAGGAGAUAAAUGUCACGCGGCCUCUGCGAUGAUUUUUAAUACUUCUAAGGAACUUGAGAAUGAUAUUUUGAAUGCACUCAAUUCUAUAUUUCCUUCUCUAUACACCAUUGGACCAGUUUCUUCGAUUUUAAAUCAAAGUCCACGAAAUCAUUUGGAGUAUUUAGAUUCUAAUCUUUGGAAAGAAGAUACUGAAUGUCUCGAAUGGCUUGAAUUAAAAGAAGCAGGAUCUGUGGUUUAUGUGAAUUUCGGUAGCAUCACAGUUAUGAAUGAAGAGAAACUGUUAGAGUUUGCAAGGGGUUUGGCUAAUAGCAAGAAACCCUUUUUGUGGAUUAUCAGGCCUGAUCUUGUCAUUGGUGGCUCAAUGGUUUUGUCUUCCGAGUUUUUGAAAGAAAUUGCGGAUAGAGGCCUAAUAGCAAGUUGGUGUCCACAAGAGAAGGUGUUGAACCAUCCUUCAAUUGGUGGAUUCUUGACUCAUUGCGGAUGGAACUCAACCACUGAAAGCAUAUGUGCUGGAGUGCCAAUGUUGUGUUGGCCAUUUUUCGCUGAUCAACCCUUAAAUAGGAGGCUUAUUUGCCAUGAAUGGGAGAUUGGGCUCGAACUUGAUACGGAUGUAAAAAGAGAAGAAGUAGAGAAACUAAUUAAUGAAUUGAUGGUGGGAGAGAAAGGAAAAAAGAUGAAGAAAAAGGCUAUGGAGAUGAAGAAGAGAGCAGAGAAUGACACAAAACCUGGCGGUUGUUCAUACAUGAAUUUGGACAAAGCGAUUAAGGAAGUCUUGCUUACUAAACGUUAG